ACCCUAUACAGUAGCAAAACAAUUCUCAUGAAAAAAAAACGAAAUGGAUUUUACCUAAAUAAAUCAAACUUAACAUUAGAAAAGAAUGGCAAAGUCAAGGAAUGAUGGAUAUUCUAGAUGGGAUACUGCAUCUGAAACUGCAUCUGAAACUGAGGAAGAUCACAUAUAUUCUUGUACAUUUUGCCUGCUACAUAGAAAAAAAUUGCCAGCAGAAGGAUUUUGUGUUGACUGUGAUGAAUAUUUGUGUGCCAUUUGUUACAAAUAUCAUUUGCGUCCCCGUCCAACAAGGAAUCAUACCUUACUUCGAAAGUCACAAAUACCUAGAAGACCCGGUAACCCUAAAGUUGAUGAUGUUUUAGUUGAAAAAUGUAAGAAACAUCGGGGCAGGAUUGUAGACAUGUACUGCGAGAAAUGUGAUAGAGUUGGAUGUACCACCUGUAUGGCAGAAAAGCAUGAAUUCUGUCACACAGUCUACAUACCAGACUACAAUAAAGAAGAUGAUUCGGAUCACUUUUCAAUGUAUCAUAAAACUAUGGAGGUCGAAAAAGAAAUAGAAAAAGUUUCAGACUACAAGCAGACAGCUGAAUUACAUUCACAAAAUGCACACAAACAGGUCAAAAUGUAUCGCAAAGAAAUAAAUGACACCCUUGACAGGAUAGAAAGUAACACACACAUGAAGAUUGACGAAAAAACUAAUCAAGCCUUAGAAACACUGGAAUCUUAUUCCAAGAAACUACAACUGAUGGAAACUAAACUGAAACAAUUAAACACCCACACUGGCAACAAAAUCAACAAGCAAUUUGUCCAUAAGAAACUUGCUUUGGAAUCAUAUGCUGAGUAUGAACUUGUUAAAGAAGAAAUGUCAAAAGAACUUAGCAACAUAACUGAAUUUUGCUUCAAACCAAAUGAUAAAAUUGAAACAAACUUGAAGAGUAUAACAACUUUUGGAAACAUCUGUGAAAUGCCUCCAAAACAAGACAAAAGGUUUUUUUUGAAAUACAUUCAUUCCUUAUCUGCACAGUGUUUUAUAAAGUAUUUUCCAAAUUUUUCUGCAAAAGCAAUCACUUACAUACCAAUGUGUAUUGUUUUGACAAAUGGAAAACUGUUACUUCAAGCAGAAGUUCAAUUUAUUGCUGGAUCUUUAUUGUUUCUUUGUGAUGUGGAAAAAGAGACAAAAGAAACAGAACAAGAUUCUGCAGAGUUCAAGAUAAUCUGUGUGAAAGAUUUACACAACUACUUCCAUGACAUGACCCAAGUGAGUAGCACCAAAGUUGCCAUAACAUUAUAUGAUCAGAAAAAAAUUCAGUACCUACAUGUACACCCAACUGAAAUGAAGCUGGGUACGAGCAUACAUGUCAAUGGUGAAUGCUGUGGUAUUGGGUGCUUAGAGAACAAACUAGUUGUGUCUUUUACAGAACCAAAGAAAGUUGAAAUCAUGGACCUUCAGGGCCAGGUUUUAAAAACAGUUUCGUAUGACAUGUCAAAGUUUCCUCAAGGUUUUCAAUUUGAAUACCCACACUAUGUAGCAAGUGAUCCAUGGAGAAAACGGGCUUAUGUUAUAGACAAAUAUAAAAAUUGCAUACUAGUUGUAAAUGUUCAAGGUGAUAUCACAGAAGUGAUCUGGAACAAUCAAGAUUUCUAUAAAACCCAGAUGAUUUACCCUAUAGCAGCUGCAGUCGGGGAAGCAGGAGAGGUUUAUGUCGCAGUUGACAAUCCAUACAGCAUACAGAAAAUCUCUCCAAAUUUUCUUGAAAGGGAUUAUUUGGCAGUUAAAGGAACAACAUGGGAGAUAUGUUCAAUAGCAUAUCAUGACAGUAAAUUAUAUUAUGGCAACAGAAGAGGUUCUUUUUAUGUUGCUGAAAUUUCUAAUGACUAGAAUACCUAGACAAUGUCGUCAUACUUCAGAACAGUUUACAGAUGUUGAUCAGUUUGAUUCUCAUGGACAAAAAAGUAUGAAAACAACAGAACAAAAGUAUCUGAUAUAUACGAGUUUAUAUUAACCCUUACCCUGCUAAAUUUCUAAAAUGGACUGGUCCAUCAUUCAAUUUGGGCAAUACCAUUUAUUAUUUGAAGGGGUGUUCACUGAAAAUUUACUGACUGAACAGCGAACAGUGCAGACCAUGAUCAGACUGCACGGAUGUGCAGGCUGAUCUUGGUCUGCACUGGUCGCAAAGGCAGAAUCAUUUGCCGACAGCAGGCUAAAGGUUAAAUUGUUCAAGUGGUUGCUUUUUCUUUAUGAAAAAGCUCCAAAAACCUGUCAUUAUAAAUUGAUAUAAUUAUGCCGCCAGUGUAUCUGUGAAACUGAAAAAGUCUAUUGGCACCUACUUAUAUUCUAGAGAAUCAGUAAACAUUUGCCAUCAGAUUAAUCAGAAUAUUCUGAUAUUAGACUGAUAAGCCAACAGAUGCAAUUAAUCAGAAAUAUCUGAUAAUUGAGCCGCGCCAUGAGAAAACCAACAUAGUCGCUUGGUUUCUCUAAUGGUUUCUCUAAUUGCAAUAGGCUUUAAAAGCGAACAGCAUGGAUCCUGACCAGACUGCACAGAUGCGCAGGCUGGUCUGGAUCCAUGCUGGUCACAAAGCCAGUAUGGUUGGUUUUCUCAGGGCGCGGCUCAAUUGGUUAUCUAAGUCACAAUUCUAACAAGGCAGUCUGAAAGACAGCUAAAUCCCCCGCCACUGUUAUGGAUAGUGAAAGGGUAAACCUUUGACCUUAAGCUGUGACCUUGAUCUUAAACUGAUAUGGCUGACUCAUGAAUUCUGCACAACGUCUUGAUGAGGUGAUCAUUUGACCCAAGUUUCAUGAAAUUCCUUCAAGGGGUUUAGGAGAUACAGAGCUCAAACCUUUGACCUUGAGUUGUGACCCUGACCUAGAGUUGACAUGGUCGACUCAUGAGCUCUUGAUGAGAUGAUCAUUUGACCCAAGUUUGAUGAAAAUCCUUCAAGGGGUUCAGGAGAUACAGAGUGGAAACAAAAUGGAAGGCUCAAACCUUUGACCCUAAGCUGUGACCUUGACCUUGAGCCAGCAUGGCUGACUCAUAAGUUCUGCACAUAAAUUUGAUAAGGUGAUCAUUUAACCCAAGUUUUAUAAAAUUCCUUGAAGGGGUUUUAGGAGAUACAGAGCAGACACGAAAUGGAAGACUAAAACAUUUGACCUUGAGUUGUGACCUUGACCUUGAGCC